UCGCCGUCGCGAUGAAGAUUAAAGUCGCGCCUCGCGAGACAUCGCGCGCGUUCAUCGUGCUAUCGUGACGCUUGUUUUCCUCAAAGUCAAAAGUUUUUCUUGCCGCGGUGCGAGGCUCGAAAAAUUGGUGAAAUUUCUGUGAAUUCCCAGGAUCCGGUGGUAUCAGAUGAUAUCGAUAUACGACAAAGGAUUUUGCGGCAAUCACCGCCGAGCAUUACCAUCGUCAUCGUCGCGCGUCUAAAUAAGCGUCGGAAAUAACUCGCUCGUAACAAUAGCGUGCAAUGUUCAACAACGCCGUACAAGCGAAACUGGCCUCGAUGAUGCUGAUUGGCGCCGGCAGCUUCGUCAUUGGCAUCGUACCCGCCUGCUUUGUCUCGCGCGCUCAUCAUCUCCAACGAAAAUUGUCACUCUCCUGCGCUCUUUGCUUUGGCGCCGGUGUCCUGUUAGCUACCGCGAUUCUUCACGUACUGCCGGAAGUGCGCGAGCGUCUACCGGAUUACGCCGAGUUAGUUUUCUCCUGCGGCUUUCUCGCGCUAUACUUCAUCGAGGAAUGUGUGCAUUAUUUUUGUCGAAGCGACGAUGAUAACAGACCCGAGACGACGGAUCCUUGUUCCAGAUCGUUCACUAGGGGGCCUAGGCUCGCACACGAACAAAGUACAAGUAGUUCGAACUGUCGGAAUCACUUCCAUGGUAUCGAUUACAAUGCUGCCACGCAAGAUAGCAAGGUUUAUGUAUCCGAGGAGAAUAUGAGAUUACCAUUUAACUAUCAACAACAAAAUUCUCUUGGUAAUAAUGCCAAUAAUGCAUGGAUAUUUAGUAAUUAUGGUGCAACACGUCACGUCGCACACGAGCCUCCCUGUCGUUCGAAGUCAUUGAGCGAAGAAGACACAUUUUUAUGUCACGGAAAUCAUGGCGAGCAAUGUACCGAUGCCAACACCGGUUUAGCUGGUCUUGCUCUCGCCCUGACCGUACACGCUGUUCUCGAAGGUCUUGCGAUAGGAUUGCAAACAAAAAUCGCCGAGGUAUUAUUAUUAACUGGAGCCGUAGCGUCACACAAAUUUGUCAUUGGAUUCUGUUUGGGACUGGAAUUAGCAGGAGUCAGUAAAUCUAUUCCUAGAUUACUAUUUGUGAUUUUUCUAUUUGCCAUUGGAUCCGUGAUCGGAAUCGGCAUCGGCAUGCUGACAUUUCAGAUGAAUACAGAUUGGUCAAAGAUAGUAUUACCAAUUUUACAAGGUCUGGCAGGUGGAACUUUAUUGUACGUUACCGUGAGCGAAGUUCUCCCGAGGGAAAGAUCGAAAUGGCAUAAAAGUCCGCGCAGAUUUGCGGGUAUUUUACAAUUUCUGUUGGUAAUCAUUGGAUUUAUCGUUAUCUUUCUUCUUAAUAAAUACGUGGGCGAGUGAAACAGUUUUAUAUUAUCAAAUUAAUUAAGUAACUAGAUUGUCAAAUAAAUCCGAUAUCUGAAACCUUAAA